AUGUCAGAGACUUCCUCCCAUGACUCGUUCUAUGAUUCCCUAUCAGACAUGCAGGAAGAAAGCAAGAAUGCUGACUUCUUCCCUGAGCUAUCUGCUUUUCUCAGCCAGGAAGAGAUAAACAAGAGUCUUGACCUAGCCCGGAGAGCAAUAGCCAGCUCUGAAACGGAAGAUUGUGACUCAGAAAAGGAGAUCUCCCAGAUUUUCAAUACCUCUCCUGUAAGUAUCUGUGAAAAUCCUUCCCGUAAGGAGACCAAAUUUGGUGAGCCAUCCUCCUUAGGAAGACCUCGUGAUAACAGGCCAACACCUGUCCAACCUCUUCCAGAACAAACUGACCGUAUCUCUUCACCUGCUUCAAAGAGGAAACCCGCCAAAUCACCCCUGCUUGCCAGCCCCAGCUACAUCCGGAGCCUCCAAAAGGCUGAAAAACGUGGUGCAAAAACUCCCAACACAAGUGUGAAGCCCAAACCAGCGUAUCAAGGUAAGACUGGCCCGCAGAGCCAGCUAUGCGACAAGGCAGCUAAUCUCAUUGAGGAGCUGACAUCCAUAUUUAAAGAAGCUGCAAAACCAAGAAAUAGAAACCCGAACGGGGAGUCCUCGUCACCAGACAGUGGCUACUUGUCUCCUAAAAAUCAGCGGUCAGCCCUGAUGAGUGCCUCAGCCAGCCAGAGCCCCACUGGAGACCAACAGGAGACGGAAGCAGAGGUCAAGUUACCCAAAGCCCAGCAUUGCUACCAGGCAGACCAGCACAAGGCAGUGCCAUGCAGUAACAUCUCUCACCCACAGCCCCAGAACGCAUUCCACUUGCCCUCAGCUCCACGGUUCAUCCAGAAGCUUCGGAGCCAAGAAGUGGCAGAAGGAAGCAGAGUUUACUUGGAGUGUAGAGUCACUGGAAACCCAACUCCUCGAGUCAGAUGGUUCUGUGAGGGGAAGGAGCUACACAACACUCCUGAUAUUCAGAUCCGCAGUGAGGGUGGGGACCUCCACACCCUGAUCAUAGCCGAGGCCUUCGAGGACGACACAGGUCGCUAUACCUGUCUGGCUACAAACCCCAGCGGCUCAGACACCACAUCUGCGGAGGUGUUCAUUGAAGGUGCCAGUUCAACAGAUUCUGAGAGUGAAAAUUUAGCUUUCAAAUCAAACCCUGGAGCCAUGCCGCAAGCUCAAAAGAAAACAACUUCUGUCUCCUUGACAAUAGGAUCGUCCUCUCCAAAGACAGGAGUGACCACAGCUGUGAUUCAACCAUUGUCUGUCCCCGUUCAACAGGUCCACAGUCCAACCUCGUAUCUCUGCCGACAGGAUGGAGCUGCUCCUGCCUACUUUCCUCCUAUUUUUACCAAGGAACUGCAAAACAUAGCAGCAUCCGAGGGUCAGGUGGUAGUCCUGGAGUGCCGGGUCCGAGGAGCACCCCCUUUGCAAGUCAAGUGGUUCCGACAAGGGAGUGAAAUUCAAGACUCUCCAGAUUUCAGAAUUCUACAGAAAAAACCUAGAUCUACAGCUGAACCUGAGGAGAUCUGUACCCUAGUUAUCGCUGAGACCUUCCCUGAGGAUGCGGGGAUCUUCACGUGCUCAGCAAGAAAUGACUACGGAUCAGUAACCAGCACCGCCCAGCUGAUUGUCACCUCAGCCAACACUGAAAACUGUAACUAUGACUCAGUGGGAGAAUCCAACAAUGAUCACUUCCAGCACUUUCCACCUCCCCCUCCAAUCUUGGAGACGAACUCCUUUGAGUUGGCAUCAAAGAAACCAUCUGAGGUCCAGCAGGUGAACAGCCCUGAGUUAGGGCUCAACAUGGCAGCCCUUCAAACGCAGUUCAGUUCUGCUGAGUGGGAAACAAACGGAGUCCAUCCCGGCCAUGGAGUGAACGGACUGAUUAAUGGCAAAGCUAACAGUAAUCAAUCUCUCCCCACACCAGCUGUCCUACUUUCACCCACUAAGGAGCCACCACCUCUGCUUGCCAAGCCAAAACUGGGAUUUCCAAAGAAGGCCAACAGAACUGCUAGAAUAGCUUCUGAUGAGGAGAUUCAAGGCACAAAGGAUGCUGUCAUUCAAGACCUGGAACGAAAACUUCGCUUCAAGGAGGACCUCCUGAACAAUGGCCAGCCGCGGUUGACAUAUGAAGAGAGGAUGGCUCGUCGGUUACUAGGUGCAGACAGUGCGACUGUUUUUAAUCUUCAGGAGCCAGAAGAGGAAGCGGCUAAUCAGGACAUUGGGUCUCCUCAUGCUUCUGUAGGGAGUCCUCUGGAUGGUCAAAAGGAAUACAAAGUCUCCAGCUGUGAACAGAGACUCAUCAGUGAGAUCGAGUACAGGCUAGAAAGGUCUCCUGUGGAUGAAUCAGGUGAUGACAUUCAAUAUGGGGACGUACCUGUGGAAAAUGCAGUGGCACCAUUCUUUGAGAUGAAGCUGAAACAUUACAAGAUCUUUGAGGGAAUGCCUGUAACUUUCACAUGCAGGGUGACUGGGAAUCCAAAGCCAAAGAUCUAUUGGUUUAAAGAUGGAAAGCAGAUCUCUCCAAAGAAUGAUCACUACACCAUUCAAAGAGAUCUUGAUGGGACCUGCUCUCUCCACACCACAGCCUCCACCCUAGAUGACGAUGGGAAUUACACAAUAAUGGCUGCAAACCCUCAGGGCCGCAUCAGUUGUACUGGACGCCUAAUGGUACAGGCCGUCAACCAAAGAGGUCGCAGCCCCCGAUCUCCCUCAGGCCAUCCUCAUGUCAGAAGGCCUCGUUCUAGAUCAAGGGACAGUGGAGAUGAAAAUGAACCAAUUCAAGAACGAUUCUUCAGACCUCACUUCUUGCAGGCUCCUGGAGAUCUAACAGUUCAAGAAGGAAAGCUCUGCAGAAUGGAUUGUAAGGUCAGUGGGUUACCAACCCCAGAUCUAAGCUGGCAACUAGAUGGAAAACCUAUACGCCCCGACAGUGCUCACAAGAUGCUCGUGCGUGAGAAUGGGGUGCACUCCCUGAUCAUAGAGCCAGUGACCUCACGAGAUGCCGGCAUCUACACGUGUAUAGCCACCAAUCGAGCAGGACAAAACUCAUUCAGCCUGGAGCUUGUGGUUGCUGCUAAAGAAGCACACAAACCCCCUGUGUUUAUCGAGAAGCUGCAAAACACAGGAGUUGCUGAUGGAUACCCAGUGCGACUGGAAUGCCGUGUCUCAGGAGUGCCACCGCCUCAGAUAUUUUGGAAGAAAGAAAAUGAAUCACUCACUCACAGCACUGACCGAGUGAGCAUGCACCAGGAUAAUCAUGGCUACAUCUGCCUGCUCAUUCAGGGAGCUACAAAAGAAGACGCUGGGUGGUACACGGUAUCAGCCAAGAAUGAAGCCGGGAUUGUGUCCUGUACCGCCAGGCUGGAUGUUUACACCCAGUGGCAUCAGCAGCCACAGAGCACCAAGCCAAAAAAAGUACGGCCCUCAGCCAGUCGCUAUGCAGCACUUUCAGACCAGGGACUAGACAUCAAAGCAGCCUUCCAACCCGAAGCCAGCCCAUCUCACCUGACACUGAAUACCGGCUUGGUAGAAAGUGAGGACCUGUAAUCCAACAUUCUUGUUAACGCUGAAACACUGAAACAGUCGCCAUUGCCUUGAACAACAUAUUCCUUUGUCACAUUAUGUAAAGGGCAAAACAUACCUUUGACUAUAAGAAAUAAACACCAAAAUAAUACUUUUCCUACUUGAUAUACCAAACUUAGAGUUUCAGUAGGUGAUGCUCAUAGAAAUGUACACAUUGCACAGAAAAUCUUCAUUCAUCAUCCAACUUAAAACUUGUGGAAUCUCUGUGAUGAAAGUGAUCUGAAAUGCCAAAAUGCUAAUGGAAAUCAGCUGUUCAAAGGUAACCAGAAUUUGUAUUCUCCAUAGUGCCUUAAACACUAGCUGUAGGUGCUACACAGCAUGACAGUGUGGAAUGCUUAACAGGAGGCAAAUGUACCGCAAAUAAUACUAAAAUGUUUCUAAGUGGGCAGUGUGUUCAGACAGCUACAGUGAACCAAGUGCAAUAUAUAGGAAUGAAAGGAAGAGGAAAUGACAAAUCCAAGUAAAUGCCUUGUUUUUGCAAAAUUGUUUUAUAUUAAAUCAUAAGGAAGGAAUUACUGGCCUUAAAUUUUAUUAAUAUCGAGAGCUUUCUAACAAGGUUAAUACCUUAGUUCUUAACCACCUUCUUUAUGUGUAGUAUUUUUUCAUGCUACCUUGGUAGGAAGCUUACUUACAAACCAUAUUAAAAGGCUAACUUAAUUAUAAAUAAUAUAAAGUAUUCCAAAUACAGCAGAACUGUAUUACAGUCCAUUCCACAAAAGACAUCCAAAUCACCAAAAUGACCAAGGCAUAUAGUAUUCAGCGGAAAGAGGGGUCUGGAAGGAGUAGGAAGAAUGAAGGAAAAUGCCACCAGCACACUUGUAUUCAUUUAGAUAAAAGUAGAAGAGGCAGGAGACAUGGUGAAGGCCAGGCUCUUCUUUGGUUUUCAAACAGUAAUCUAAAGUAUAGGUAAAAAAAAAAACACUGCCAUUCAAAUGUCAGGGGAUCUAGGGUCAGCUGGGAGAUUGGAGCACAUGUGCUAUGGAAGUUCCAGUGUCUGAAGUCUGUGUAGUUGCUGAAGAGGUUAGGUGUGUUGAGCAAGUGGAAAAUGGACCGAGACUGCAAGACUGGCAUCAGUGAGGAAACUGCCUGUAAGAGCUAGUCUACUGGAGGAAAAUGGAGACUUGGGAAAGACAAAACAGGUUUGUGCCACAAUCAAUUUUUUUCCAAUGGCACCAUGAUAUGGUGAAUGGAAAAUAUGAGUUCACUUCCAUGCUGCCAUGCAACCUUGCCUUAAGAAGGUGCUAGGUUCCGGGUAGUCUGUAAAGGCAUCUCUGCAAAGACUGAUUUUUGAAUGCAUGUGAUCCUGCAACAGCUAGACUGACCUGAUUCUGACCAGACUUGAUGGUUUUAAGUCGGAACCAAUAAACUUUAAAAAGGAGGAAAAAAACAAUUUGGCCUGAUAUUAUAUUAUAAAACAUGAGGUUUUAAUGGUACUUUGCUAUGAAAAGAAAACACUGUAUUCCUUAUGCAAAACACAUAUAUCUUUCAUUAUUUAUAAUAAAAAUGUUGAACUGUCUUAGCUCAGUUAAUGCAAUAUAUAGUAUUUUUUAAAAUAAUUUUAUAUCUGUGUACCACCCCAUAUAUUUCAUAUUACUGCUUCACAUGUACAGCUUUCUACUUCUUUGUAAGAACACCAACCAACCAAGUUUUAAAUGACUAAUAGGCUUGAUCACUGGGUGGCAGAUGUUCUUUGCAGAGUAGUGCAAGUUUCUUUGACCACACUUGUAUGCAUUGCUAAUAUGGAAUUUAAGAUACCAUACAAAGUCUUUCAUGGACCUAGCUAUAUCGUAGAAUGAUGACUUAACAUCCUAUCUUACUUGCCAAAUUUUUCUGAAUGUGACUGUUUGCUAAUUUGCUGGGUUUGGGAUUGAGUAGCAUUAUUUGCCACCUUUUAUGUUGUAUUUAUAAAAAAGUACUAUCAUACUACUAUUUGGAUUGUUGUGCUGGUGUAAUGUGGAUUUAACAUCAAUAAAUAUUUAACAAAUAA